AUCUUCACGCAUGAAUGGGAACAGAUGACCGUACAGUGAGACGGGGAAAUCACACUAACAAUCACUUACUGUAAUACUAACAAGCCAUCUCGGGAGAUCCUAAACUCUAAGUUGAUGGAUACUUGAUAACUGUCUGCCGUGUUCGUUAGAGAGUGUGAACUUCGAAACGAAUCAAGGAAGAAGCACACUUGUCGAUACUAAGUCGGGAGAUCACAGAAACCUUGGGAGUACUAUGGCUUCGUCAAGUGCCAGUGCAAGCACACAACCUGUCCUUUCACCAGCAGCAGUGUCCAGUCAAAGACGUACCUCUGCUCCAACUGUCAAGGAUUCCAAGACUUCAAAACAAACCAAAAACCACAGCACAAGUGCCAAAAGAUUACAAAAGGAACUAGCAGAGAUCACACUGGACCCUCCACCUAACUGCAGUGCUGGACCAAAGGGAGACAACCUAUACGAAUGGGUUUCCACUAUACUGGGGCCAAAGAGUUCUGUCUACGAAGGCGGUGUGUUUUUCUUAGACCUGAACUUCUCACAAGAUUAUCCAUUUAAACCACCAAAGGUGACGUUUCGUACUCGGAUUUACCAUUGUAACAUCAACAAUCAGGGCCACAUAUGUCUCGAUAUUCUAAAGGACCAGUGGAGUCCAGCCCUGACCAUCUCCAAAAUACUCCUCUCAGUGACCUCCCUCCUCUCAGACUGUAAUCCACACGACCCUUUAGUGGGCAAUAUUGCACAGCAAUAUUUGACCAAUCGUGAGGAGCAUGACAAAAUAGCUGUGCAGUGGACCAAGCGAUUUGCAACAUGAAUUUUGAUUCGUUUCACAUUUAGAAGUUUAAUCACAGAAUGAUUUUGAUUGAUGAACACUGAAACAGUUUUUCUAUGAUGAGUCAACUUUUCAUUCCAUCUCAAAUUACAAUCUGUUUAAAACCAUAUUUUUAAUUCCACUCUGAUAUUUCAGGUACUUGAGCAUUGGGUAUUAAAGUGGAAUUAAAUAUGUGGUUUUAAUCCGAUUUUCUCAAAAUACUCCUCUCACUUUAGCCUGCUCUUUAUCAAAUUCCGAUGCUCACAAUUCUUCCCUCAGUCAUUCAAACAAAGAGAAGAUUAGAAUCUUAGUGGUUUUUAUCUAAGCUGAAAAUACGUACAUGUAUUUCCCUACAGUACGCACUGCUACUGAAAUUAAUAACUUUUAAUACCAUUUCCAGAUAUAUAGCAGUACCCAAUUUAACAUGAUCAUUUCAGAUAGGAGUACCCA